AUGAUUCUGAAACAAUUACAAAUGGACGACAUUAACAUUCAAGACUGUCGUGGACAAGCAUUUGAUAAUGCGGCAGUAAUGGCAGGUCAUCGAUCCGGUGUUCAAGCGCGCAUCACAGAAGUUAAUCCAAAGAUUGUAUUUGUGCCAUGCACCAAUCACUCUCUGAAUUUAGCAGCUUCAGUGGGUGCAGAUUCAGUUACAUUUUUGGGGGGCACAUUGGACCGUUUAUUUUCAUUCUUCUCAGCCUCAACACAUCGAUGGGAUAUCUUGAUUGAGAUAACUGGUGCAACUAUCAAACGGGCUGGAGAAACGAGAUGGAGUAGUCGAGCAGAUGCAGUGAAAGUUGUACAUGCAAAAUUCACGGAAACCAUCGCUGCGCUAGAACGGUUGAUGGAUGGAAGCACUCCGUCGAAAGUUCCGCGGCCGCACUUUGCCCGGGACUGCUUUGUUGUCUUCAAAGUGGAAAGCCACUUUGAGAGUGUCCUUGGCUAUUCUCCACGGCAACGCCAUCGUGGUCAUUACCACGGGUCGCGACUGACCGCGUCAUUUGUUCUGGGAUAUAUCAGCGACGUAGCUUUGGAUUUACAAAAAGACGAAUUAGUUAUGGCUAAAACAUCGUCGAUUAAUAUAUCUUCUGCUCGGUCGAUAACGGAUUAUUUGAGGAGAAACCACACUAACAUUGAUAUGGAACAUUUGAAAAACGGAAUCAGUGAAACUAACUACCAAUCAAGCACUAAGGUCAAUGUAAUUGAACUAAGCUCAACCCACUUAAAAUUGUUGGUUUUGAGCUAA